GUUGGUCCAGUUUACUAAGUUUUUAUUAUUUAUAAUUAUUUUAUGAUGAGCAAGAAGAUGAGGUUUGUUAAGAAGAACAAGAAUGGAGUGAGAUUAUUGCCACCUGGAUUUAGGUUCCAACCAACAGAAGAGGAGCUUCUAUUUCAGUAUUUGAAAUGCAAGGUUUUCUCUUUUCAGUUGCCAGCUUCAAUCAUUCCUGAGAUCAAUGUAUGCAACUAUGAUCCUUGGGAUUUGCCAGGGAAUAAUAAUAAUUAUGGUGGGGAGCAAGAAGAGAGAUACUUGUUCAGCUCAAAGGAAGUUAAGUAUAGAAACGGUAACCGAAUGAACAGAAUAACGAAAUCUGGAUAUUGGAAAGCAACUGGAUCAGACAAAAGAAUAAUUUCAACAUCAUCCAAUAAUAAUAAUAAUAAUAAUAUUGUUGGGAUAAGAAAAACUCUUGUAUUCUAUCAUGGAAAAUCUCCAAAUGGCUCUAGAACUCAUUGGAUCAUGCGUGAGUAUCGACUUGUCACUACUCCUUCUAAUUCAUCCCAGAAGUAUGUAGAAGACUUAGGGAAUUGGGUUCUUUGCCGCAUAUUCAUGAAGAAAAGAAGCAUAGAAAGUCAACAUCACAUGGUCAACAAAAUUAAUAAUAAUGUUGUGGAGGUGGCUAAUAAUAAUAAUAAUAAGCCAAUAUUCUUUGAUUUUAUGAGGCUAUAUGACUCGCCAACAUCUUCUUCUUCAUCCUCAUCUUCUUCUUGUUUAACUUCUGAUUUCAUAACUCAAGUGUAAGAACAUAUGUGCUUAUUAUGUAUGAAUUUUGAUUAA